GAAGAGAAAGAGAGAAAGGAGAAAGAAGAGAUUGAAGAAUCUAAGAAGAAUGAAACUUCAAAAAGUGAAGUUGUAUGCUCAAAAUGCGAAAAAUCAGAAGCAGACAGUGUGAAACUCUUGAAGGACGUAGAGAGUUUGACAUUGGAAAACAAUACUCUGAAGAUCAAGAAGAAGGCUGAUAAUGAACGGAUUUUGGAGUUAUGCUUGAACUAUGAAAAGCUAAAAUCUGAGAAUGAUAAACUGUUAAAUGAUUUGAACAGUUUAACAUCUGAAAACAAAAUUUUGAAAGAAAAUGAAAAAGUUUUUGAAAACAAAAGAAAAUCUUCAGAAGAUGAAGAUUUCUGGAUUAAACUGGAAAACAAAAAUCUAAAAGAGAAUGAAACAAGAUUUCAAGAAUAGUUAAAAGUCUUGGAAAAUGAAAAAUCUGUUCUUGAAAAUCUUAAAAUUGAAAAUGAAAAAUCAAUCAAGUCUCAUCUUGAAAGAAUAUCUCAGCUUGAAAUUGAAGCUGAGGAUUCAAGGAUCAAGAUUGAAGAACUUGAAAAGAAGUUGAAAGGUUUUGUGACUUCAUCAGAUAGGUUGAAUUUUCACUGUCCAAAACCAAUCAACUCUGUUCCAAUAAGUGACAAGGUCACAAAUUUUGACAAAGUCAAAAUUGAAGAUUGUGAUGAUGUAUCUGAUGAUGAAAAAGAAAAAGAAAAGAAAAGAAAAAUAUUUUUAGAUUUAAAAGAAAAAUUUAAAAAUACUGUUUUACAUUCUACUGAGAAAGGUGAAUGCUCAAUGCAAAAACCUGUAAAGAAGAGUGUAGAACAGAAACAAAAAGAUAUAAAAUCGAAAUAUUUUCAAAAAGAAAAUAAAAGCUCAUCAGAUCACUCAUCCAAUCACAAUAAAAAAUCACAAAAAUUUAGAAAUGAAAACUCACAAAAUGUUGGUAAUAAGUGGUGCAGGUUUGACCACAGUGCUCAAAUGCCAAAUCAAGGAUACAAGAUGAGAAAUGACUACCACAAGGCAACUCAAUGCUAUGAUUUAAGUGUGUGGUAUGAAAAUGGUGUACGAUAUGAAAGAAAGAAGAGGUAUGAUAACAGAGUGUGUUACUCUUGUGGCUAUCAAGGGCACAUAGCUGUUAACUGCCAAAGUCAGAGAUUUGAAACAAGAAGAUGCUUUAACUGCCAAAUUCGAGGUCACAUUGCCAGAGAUUGCCUAAGGAGAUCAAUGGGAAGAUCGAGGGCUGAAUCUCAAAGAAUGGCAAAGAAACCAGUCAAUGUCAAGCCCAAGGGACAGAAAGUUCAAGAACCAAAAGUUCAAGAACAGAAAGUUCAGGAAACGCAAGUAAAACUUUCUCAGGGGCAGAAAGACAGACUGCGUAAGAAGAGGAAGAAGGCCAGAGAAUAUCUGGAAAGGAUUUUGUCCUCAGGUUCUUCAGUUGGUAAGAAUAAGAGUACUAAUGAAUCGCUUCAAUCGACUGCAAAGUCAAACAAGCCGAGUUCAUCAGUUACAAAUUUGAGGACAACAGAGAAAAAAGAGAAAAAGAAACGUGUCGGCGAUGAAUCUGACAGGUCAAAGUCAGACAAGCCACACUCAGGCGAUGAUUCUGGUUCGUCAAAACCAGAAGAGCAGGUUAUUGAGGUUGUGGCGUUAGCAAACUAGAAGCUGCUAAAAAUUGGUGAUGUGAGUCUUCAAUUUUUUUCGAAUGAUGAAAUCAAUCAUCGUUGUCAACAUUUGAUAUACACGAUUUUGUUACAGAGUCAAUCAGAUCUACAACCAUCAUAGGGUUUCAAAAAGCAACAGCUAUUGGAAUCGAUUGUGAAGAAUUCUGGCGAUAUUGUUCAUCUGAAUGUAGCUGAAAGAAACUUGCUUCAUGAUAUGGUGAAAAUAGUGAAGAAAAAGAAACCUGAUUAUCAUGUUAAAGAGAAGAUAUUAAUUCUAAUUGACACCUGGCUAUUAUGAGGUAAUCGAUAGGCCGGUGGACUUCACUACGAUAAAAAAUCAAAUGGAGGCGAAGGAUGGUACUGAAUACAAACAUGUUCGGGAUAUAUGUUCUGAUGUUCGGUUGGUUUUUUAGAAUGCUAUGAAAUAUAAUGAUGAUAAAAAGCGACGUUCAUGCGAUGGCCAAAACUUUGUUGGAAAAGUUUGAAGAGAAAUGGCUUCAGUUUUUACCAAGGGUUACUAAAGAGG